UAAUUAAUUAACUCAAUUAAUAGAGAUAGCACUUUUAUGAUGGCAGCAAUAAAAUUUGGAAGUAAAUAUAUUUCACCCAAUGGAGAUAUGGUAUAUAUUAUUGCAGAAGUUGGACAAAAUCAUCAAGGAAAUCUUAAUGUUGCAAAAAAAAUGAUUACGGAAGCAAAAAGAAUAGGUUGUCACUGUGUGAAGUUCCAAAAAACCUGCCUAACUUCUAAAUUCACCAAAUCAGCCCUAAAUCGUCCUUAUACAUCAGAAAACUCUUGGGGUUCGACAUAUGGGGAACAUAAGAAAUAUCUCGAGUUUAGCGAGGAUCAGUACAGGGAUUUACAAAUGCAUGCGAAGGAAAUUGGAAUAGAUUUUACUGCUUCAGCGAUGGAUGAGAUCUCCCUAGAUUUUUUACAUGCGAUAAAGGUUCCUUUUAUAAAAAUUGGUUCUGGAGAUGCUAACAACGUGCUACUUUUGAGCAGAGCAGCUGGAUUAGAUAUACCCCUAAUUGUGUCUACAGGAAUGCAAACUACUGAAACAAUUGACAAGAUUGUUCAGAUCAUGCAGAAGAACGGCAAAACCAAUUAUGCCUUAAUGCACUGCGUUUCGUCAUACCCUACAAAACCAAAAGAAAGCUCACUUCGUAUGAUACCACUUUUGAAAGAGCAAUACCCAAGCGUGGUUAUUGGAUAUUCGGGGCACGAAAAGGGCAUUGAAAUAAGUAAAGCAGCAGUCCUGCUAGGGGCAAGAAUCAUAGAGCGUCACUUUACACUGGAUAAAAAUCAGAAAGGCUCAGACCACAAAUGUUCGUUGGAACCCGCUGAAUUUGAAAGUCUUGUUAAAUUUAUUAAAAAGUUCGAAAAGCUUGGUCCGUUGAAUAAUGACCAAGUUUUAAAUAUACUACACAAAAAUAAAGAUGUCGAAUUGGCCUUAACGGAAGUGCAGUCCCGAACAAUACUUUUAAGUGAGUUGCCAUGUAAAAUGAAAUUGGGAAAGUCGAUCGUUGCUGUCAAGUAUUUAAAAGCCGGUGAUACAUUGAAGCUAAGAGAUUUAUGUAUUAAAGUAAGCGAGCCUAUGGGUAUUUCUGCAGAACACUUUGAUUCAAUCUUAGGCAAAGUGCUUGCAACUGAUGUGGAUGGAGACUCCCCUAUAAUGUUUCAGCAUCUUUUAGUUUAAAUUAGUUUUACUUUCUGUAUUAUAUACCACGUCAGCAACUCUUACUCAAAAGAUCCCAUUACAAUUCACUCAUUUACAGUACGGAAACAAAUAUAUAUGUAUCUUCGUCAUUGAAGUUCCAAAAACACCUGUAAAUAAUGUAACCAAGAAAAAGUAAUAAAAAUAAUAUACCAAGUCAAAGGUAAUCUCGCUA